UCCUAAAAGCUUUCAGUUGCAUACCUCAAAACAAUGGCAAGUUCUUGCGUCUCCUCCAGUUUUUCACCUUCCCUACACUACUUAACUGCCUGCAGGAGUUCGAUGACUAUGGUGGGUUUGCUUUCUUACGCACCCAAAAUCCUCAAGCCUAUCUCUUUAACCAAAUCCUUCAGUUUUAUUUCGCUUUCCACUGCAAGAAAACCUCUCAGAAAGUCAUUUCAAGUGAGAUCGGUGGCUGCUCCUGCUGAAGCUGCUGCUGGAUUUGAUGACAUGGUGUCUGGGACCCAGCGGAAAUAUUACAUGUUAGGUGGGAAAGGAGGUGUAGGAAAGACAAGUUGUGCUGCCUCGCUAGCUGUAAAAUUUGCUAACAGUGGGCAUCCUACUCUUGUAGUUUCCACAGAUCCAGCACAUUCCUUGAGUGAUUCCUUUGCUCAGGAUUUGACAGGUGGGACGAUAGUACCAGUUGAAGGACCUGAUUCUCCACUUUUUGCUCUAGAGAUAAACCCUGAGAAGGCUAGGGAAGAAUUCCGCAGUGCAUCUCAGAGUAAUGGUGGAACUGGGAUCAAAGACUUCAUGGAUGGUAUGGGUCUUGGAAUGCUUGUGGACCAGUUGGGAGAGUUAAAAUUGGGAGAAUUACUAGACACACCUCCUCCUGGUCUCGAUGAAGCUAUUGCAAUUUCAAAGGUGAUACAGUUUCUUGAAGCACAAGAAUAUAGCAUGUUUACUCGAAUAGUUUUUGAUACUGCACCUACUGGCCAUACAUUGCGGCUUUUGUCCUUGCCAGACUUUUUAGACGCAUCAAUAGGCAAGUUGUUGAAGCUCAGACAAAAGAUAGCUUCUGCCACUUCAGCCAUCAAAUCUGUUUUCGGACAAGAAGAAACGCGACAGGAUGCAACUGAUAAACUAGAGCGACUCAGGGAGAGAAUGGUGAAAGUACGCGAGCUCUUUCGUGAUACUGAUUCAACGGAGUUUGUUAUAGUAACCAUCCCCACGGUGAUGGCAAUUAGUGAAUCAUCUAGGUUGAGUGCCUCAUUGAAGAAAGAAAAUGUCCCCGUGAAAAGGUUGAUUGUUAAUCAGAUUCUGCCCCCAUCUGCCUCAGACUGCAAGUUUUGUGCAAUGAAAAGAAAGGAUCAGAUGCGCUCUCUGGAUAUGAUCCAAAAUGAUCCCGAGCUCUCCAGCUUGACAUUGAUUCAGGCACCACUAGUUGAUGUAGAGAUCAGAGGUGUUCCUGCUCUUAGAUUUAUGGGAGACAUUAUUUGGAAAUGAUCAUAUGAAACAACAUAUAAAGUUCAAUGAUAAUUAUUUCCUUUAUCCA